UGGUUAAAACUCUACAGGAAAAAAAAAAAAAAAAAAGUAGACACAUCUACUUCAAAACCCCAAAAUUUGAAAACACCCGGUAGCAAUUCUUGAAUUCAAAAUUGAAGAUUUGGAGAAGAAAAUGGAUUUUGAUGAUUGGGAAUUGAGUGCAGAAGAAUUAGACAAUCUUGAAAGGGAUGCUUUAAAGCAAAUUGCUGAGCGAAAUGCAUCUUCUUCUUCUGCUACUACUAGUAAUGCUUUUCGGGUUACACAUAAACGGGAAGAUGCGUUAUCUGCUGCACCUACGAUGGGGCCUUCAUCAGGGGUAGAUAAGGUCUCUGGGAAAAACUCUUGUGGAAAUUCCGGGCCUCAUGAUGGCAAUCAUGUGAAACAGUUAACAGAAAAGCGUUAUGUUAAAUUUUUCCUUCAUGCAACUGGAAAUAUUGCUGCAAAGUUUUCAUAUGACCAGAUACUUGUUGAAGCUUUCCGCAAAAUCCCUAGAGCUAGUUGGAGCGCAAAAGAGAGGUUGUGGAUGUUUCCUUUGUCAUCGUUGUCUGUAGCGGAAAAAGUUCUUCGUGAAAUUUCUGGCUCCAAUCUGGAGUUGGAGAAUUUAGAUCCUCUGGUGCAACGUGCCAUUGCUGCUGCUUCUGCGAUGCCUGACCUUCGAGAUCAUUAUGAAUAUAUUCCCAAUAGUAUUGAAUCAAAGCUUUUGCCUUUUCAGCGUGAAGGGGUUAGAUUUGCAUUACAGCAUGGAGGGCGUGUCCUGUUGGCUGAUGAGAUGGGACUUGGAAAGACAAUUCAGGCUAUCGCUGUGGUUUCAUGUAUCCGUGAAUCAUGGCCAGUCCUUGUUCUUGCUCCAUCUGCCUUACGGCUUCACUGGGCUUCUAUGAUUCAACAGUGGAUGGGCAUUCCUUCGUCGGAAAUACUUGUGGUUUUAUCUCAAUGUGGUGGUUCAAAUAAGGGAGGAUUUAAAAUAGUGCCUUCGAACACUAAGAAGUCCAUUCAACUUGAUGGUGUUUUUAACAUAGUAUCAUAUGACACUGUCCCUAAGCUUCAAGAUCUACUUAUGGCAUCAUCAUUCAAGGUUGUUAUUGCAGAUGAAUCACACUUCUUGAAAAAUGCCCAAGCAAAAAGAACCACUGCUUCCCUUCCCUUAUUACAGAAAGCUCAGUAUGUGAUAUUGCUCAGCGGAACUCCUGCUUUAUCAAGGCCAAUUGAACUAUUCAAACAGCUGGAGGCCUUGCAUCCUACGGUAUAUAAGAAUGUGCACGAAUAUGGCAACCGCUAUUGCAAGGGUGGCAUCUUUGGAGUUUAUCAAGGUGCAAGUAAUCACGAAGAGCUGCACAGUUUGAUCAAGGCAACAGUGAUGAUUCGACGACUAAAAAAAGAUGUCCUUUCUGAACUCCCUCAGAAAAGGAGGCAACAGGUUUUCCUGAACUUGGGGGAGAAGGAGAUGAGACAAGUUAAUGCUCUAUUUCGUGAGUUGGAGAUUGUUAAGGGGAAAAGUAAAUCAGCUCAGUCCGAGGAGGAGGCCAAUUCUUUUAAGUUUGCAGAGAAGAGCCUCAUCAGUAAGAUUUACACAGUCUCUGGCGAGGCCAAAAUUCCAGCAGUUUUGGAUUACCUAGGAACCAUGGUUGAGGCAAACUGCAAGUUCCUGAUAUUUGCGCAUCAUCAAUCAAUGAUUGAUUCAAUACAUGAGUAUUUACUUAAGAAGAAGGUUGGUUGUAUUAGGAUUGAUGGCAGCACUCCAUCAGCAUUACGGCAAGCUUUGGUAACAGAUUUUCAGGAAAAAGAAACAAUUAAGGCUGCAGUGCUUUCCAUCAGAGCUGGGGGUGUAGGGUUAACAUUAACAGCAGCAAGCACGGUGAUAUUUGCAGAAUUGUCAUGGACUCCAGGUGACCUUAUUCAAGCUGAGGAUCGAGCUCACAGAAUUGGCCAGGUGUCCUCCGUCAAUGUGUGUUAUCUGCUGGCGAACGACACUGUUGAUGACAUAAUUUGGGAUGUUGUUCAGAGCAAGCUGGAUAACCUCGGACAGGUGCUUGAUGGCCAAGAGAAAUCCUUGGACGUUUCGAGUAAUCAGUCCCACAGCAGCCCUGCAAAACAGAAGGGUUCCCAAAGCAGCCCUGCAAAACAGAAAACUCUCGACUCCUUCCUGAGUAAUCCGUCCCACAGCAGCCCUGCAAAACAGAAAACCAUGGACUCCUUCCUGAGUAAUCAGUCACACAGCAGCCCUGCAAAACAGAAAACACUCGACUCCUUCAUAAAGCGCUGUAACAACUCACCACCUCAUGAACCUAGCAAAAAACACUGUCGUCAUUGAACCACUCAAGAACAAAUAUUAACCCUCACCCCCGGUCUUGUAUACACGAUAGAGGAGAUUGGGGGUGUCUAUAUUCAACUACUAUAUGAUACUCUCUAGCAGUAGUAUGGAGCAUUCCCUCAUGUUCGUCUGAUAGAUGUAGAGCCGUUAGAGAUGCAGCUUAUGGUGAAAGUAUGCUUUCAAUUUUUGCCUAUCCAACACCUUGUGAAAUUUGUCAACUAUUUUGUUGCCUUACUGGCACCAUCUCUCGAAUAUCGAAUGUACAUUGAUAUAUAUCAUUCAACUAUGUCUUAAUUCAAAAGCUAGGUUGUACAUUU